GCAGCGCCAGUCGUCAACGUAACGUUGUGGUGUGUGUGUCGGUGUUCGCUACGUGUAUUGCAAUUACCUGCUUUUUUUUGUUAUCGCGGCAGAUUGACAAGUGUUUUUCCGCAUUUUCAUAUUUCAAUAGAAAAGGUCCUGUGAUUCCUUCAGAAAAUGCCGUUUUAUGAGCGUGCAGAAGGUAUAAUGCUAAAGUAUUUAUAUUUCCUGAAUGAAAAAAAGGUUCUUACGGACUAUAAAAUAAAGAAGGAGCACGCGAGAAACCUUUUCAUGGCCGAAUUUAAACCGGAACACAACAUUACAAAAUUUCCUUUUUCCACCAUGUAUCGGUUCAUGUUAGACUGGGGAUUAAUACAUUAUCGAAGUAGAAGAACCGAGUUUAUACAUUUCAAGGAAGAAACGUUUGCCUACUCUAUGAGAUAUUUUACCCAGUCUGAUUUAAAAGUUAAAGUUGACAGCGUUACAGCCCAGCCUCCCGCCGCUAGCAAAAAAAAGAAUAAGAAGCACGAAUGCAAGACGUGCCAACUGUAUUUCUUAAAUGCUAGCCUGUUGGUUCAGCACGAGAGCUCGGAAACACAUCUGCAGAAGAAGAGCUGGAUCGAAACUCAUAACGCGACUUUAACGUCGGAAAUUGCUGUUGAAGUUGUAAAAGGUCAUGGUGGAGGGCCCGAAACUAUAGUCCUAAGACAGAGAGAAAAACAUACCAUCUUCUUGCACCUUUUAAACCAGAGUUCAGACGAUCACAUUAUUCUGGUAACGUCCCAUACAUCGUCAUCCUACAUCGCAAUACGUCAAAGCCAUUCCCCACAUUUACUGGCUGUGAAUUGUAAAGAAACAGUCGAGCUAACAGCAACAUUCCCGGAGUGCAUUUUCUGGAGUUACAAAUUAACGUUCUACUUACAAAAUGUGAAUACAAAAACGUAUUUCUUUGUACUUAAGGAACUUAUAUUUCAGGUGCAAUCAGAGUUAGUAGACGAUUUGGGCCCAACAGAACCGUACCGUAAAGAGAUUCAGCAAAACAUUCGUAAUGGGGAAGCAGAAAUAGUUCCAGGGGUGCCCCCGCCACCAACUUCGUCCCAGUAUCUUUACAAGAUCAAAUUCCAGCAAUACCCUCUUCCCCCCUACAUGGUGGUAUUGUUGGACAAUAACUUGACACAGUUUUCAAAUAUGGAGGUGAUUGAAAAUAAUAUGCUCACAUACAUAAAGAGACAAUUGGCGUACUACUCUAACAUUUCCACACUGGAUGCGAAAAAUUAUUUCAAUAUCAAUCAGUUACGGUUAUACAUGGAGGAAUAUCAGAUGAAGAUUGACAUUCGUUCUUACGAUGCUAAAGAUCAGAUACUUCACGAAGCUAAAGGGUUUCCAAGUCAUUGUUUCGAAUUAUUCGUUCCCGGAUUGGCUGAACACAGGCCAUCAGUUCUUCGUGGUGAUUCUGUAUAUAUUCGAGAAACACCUGACUCUAAUAUAAAAUAUGAAGGUAUAGUCCACAAAGUUACCCAAAACAGUUGCAUACUCGGACUGAGCUAUAAAUUUGCAGAAACCGUACAUGUAAAAAAUAAAAAGUAUGCGGUAUCAUUUACUUUCAAUAGAUUUCCAAUUCGUGCAGAACAUCAGGCAAAUGAACUGGUAAAAAAACAUGAGAUUAUCCCACUGCUAUGCCCAUCAAAGUUAUCGGCCAAUCCUUUAACUGUUAAUAAGUUGGUAUGGUAUAACGCUGGCAUUGGAACGAAUGAAAAGCAGCAGGAAGCUAUUCAUCACAUUGUUUCUGAAACUGCGCGGCCUUAUCCGUAUUUGGUUUUUGGCCCUCCGGGUACGGGAAAAACCAUCACUUUGGUAGAAGCAAUUUUACAGAUACGAAAACUAAAACCGGAAAAGAAGAUUCUGGUUUCUGCACCCACAAAUUCGGCGGCCGAUGAAAUAACAAAACGACUUAUCAGUUAUAGCGUUUCAAAGAUGGCGAUGUUUAGAUAUGUGGCACCUAGUCACGCUUAUGAUUUAAUUGACACGGACGUGAAACCGUACACAAACUUUCGCGAUGAGUUUUAUCAUCCGGAGAAUAGCGAAAUAUUAAAGUACAGCAUUGUAGUUACUACGUUAAUUACGGCGUUUAGGCUAGUAAACGGCGGAACUCCACCCAAUCAUUUUUCGUACGUAUUCAUCGACGAGAGUGGCCAAGCCACCGAAACAGAAACUCUGAUUCCUAUCGCCGGAAUUCUUAGCAAUAUUGAAAGUAAAGGCGUAAUUAAUGGACAAAUUAUUUUGGCUGGCGAUCCAAAGCAGUUAGGUCCCGUAAUCCACUCAAAUAAAGCAAAGAACUAUGGUUUCGGUAUGUCCAUGUUGGAGAGGCUUAUGACACAUUGCGCACCAUAUGCAAAAAAUAAAGACACAGAUACAUACGAUAGCAAUGUUUUGACAAAGUUAGUUAAUAGCUACCGAUCUCAUCCGGCCAUUUUGAGAACAUCAAACAAGUUGUUCUAUGAUAACGAAUUGAAACCACCACCCCAAGAUCACCAUUUGCAAAAUGUUGCAUUAGGUUGGUCUGAACUACCAAAUAAGAAUUUCCCCGUCUUGUUUCACAGUGUAGUCGGAAAAGAUGAGCGGGAGUCUAACUCGCCUAGCUUUUUUAACCUACAAGAAGUAGACGUAGUGGUUAGUUACUUACAAAAACUAAUUGGGAAUCGUCUGAGCGGUAUGAAAAUUGAACAAAGCCAUAUUGGCGUUAUUACACCUUACCGCAAACAGGUUUAUAAAUUAAAAGCAGCUUGUACGAAAAAGAGGUGGGACAAGUUGAGGAUAGGAAGCGUGGAACAGUUUCAAGGGCAGGAACGGUUAAUUAUUAUCGUGUCGACAGUUCGAUCCGACAUCAACUUCGCCGCUGAAGACAUAAAGUUUCAUUUAGGUUUCGUGCAAAACGCUAAGAGAUUUAAUGUUGCCAUCACCCGUGCAAAGGCACUAUUAAUUGUAAUAGGUAAUCCCAAUCUAUUACAAUUAGAUACCUAUUGGAAGGAUUUUAUACAGUAUUGUAUAGAGAAUGGAUCAGUAGCCGGCACCAAGUUUCAAUUGUCUGAUGAUGUGGUACCAUUGCAGAAUGGUAUACCUAAUGAAGAUAUUAAAGAAGAGGACGUAAAUUUCUCACGAGGUAACGUUUAAUUUUAAACGUUUGACUGCCAUUUUUCCUAGAAGUUACCAUUUUUGUUAGGUGCAUUUCUUGAUUUACUUAGAAUGUUAAGUGUAUUAAGUUUGUUCUUUUUUAAAUAUAGUUUUUUUUUUAAU